AUGCCUGAACAUCGCUUGUCUCUCGCCCAGCAAAUUGCCCAGCUCGACGAGGCUGCCCCCAUAGAUUUUGAUCCAGAUGACUUACACGCUGCAGGCCGUGAGCCUGAAGAGGACCAGGGGGAAGUUGCUGCAGGAAACGCGGCAGCCAGGGAACACUACGUAGACGUGGGGCCGUCUGCAAUACGGAAACUCCAUGACAGCAUUUCGGAUCCGAAGUAUGAGGGUGUGCGGACGAGCAGGAAACAGCUCAUGGAUACUGAUGAGGAUGAGGAACUAAGUGAGGACGAUGUCGGCGAGGCUCCUCUUGACCAUGAAGGCGAUGAAGCAGAGUCAAGCGGCAGCGAGGACGAAGACGACGAGGAAAUCCCCUCCGAGUCUGGCAGUGAAGACGAGGACGAGCCUCCGCCAAAGUCCACUAAAGCAUUCUCCUCUCACGUGAACGACCAUUCACAAGACCAGUCUGCACCCCCUGCCGAAGACAUAUCCUCCACACUUCGUAAAACUCGCGAAGAAGACCGAAAGAAGGGGAAAGCAGUUUCACGACAACUCACUCUAUGGGACUCUAUUCUCGACGCUCGUAUACGCUUGCAAAAAGCCGUCACAGCCGCGAACCGUCUACCGCUCCCGAAAGACUUGUCCACAUAUGCUGCCCACCCUGAGGUCCAGACGUCUCUGAACAAGAUGUUCGAAGAGGCCUUGUCCCUAUCAGAUACACUAUUCGAUUUCCAAGAGACGCUUCUCACCACAAAUGAUAUUAUCAAGUCCCCUCCGCGCAAACGGCGGAGAACGGGCGAAGAUCAGGAGCAGCAUGUCCCUGAUCACGACUCUGCCAUCCGGGAAGCAAGCGAAGCCUCUUCGGCUCUUGAACAUGCGUUUCACCCAUACCUGGUGCAAACCCUAACCAAAUGGUCGGCCAAAGUUCAAGCGGUGGCGCCGUCGGUACUGCUUCCCUCCACUCGCAAUGCUUUCUCGCGGAAUCAGAAUCAAGUCAAGAGUGCUGUCCAGCUCGUCGACGAGGCUCUAGCAGACCGUACAAAGCUCCUCGGGCGGACGCGAAUACGAAGAGGUGGAAAAGCAAGGAUUGGUCAGGUCGAACAGGAAAAUCAGGAGAGCAGCCCGGACAAGGAAGAUCCCCGCGUAUUCGACGACACAGACUUCUAUCAGCAACUGCUCCGAGACGUCAUAUCCACGCGCACAUCUGACUCCUCCCUCCUCCCCGGCGGCGCGGCGUACCCGAACCAAAGGGCCAACAAGUCGAAGCAGAAGAAAAAGGCCGUGGACACGAGGGCGUCCAAGGGCCGGAAGCUACGCUACGAGGUGCACGAGAAGCUGCAGAACUUUAUGGUGCCCGUGCCCAUGCACGCCGCACGGGGCGCGUGGCAUGAGGAGCAGAUUGAUGAGCUGUUUGCGAGCUUGCUGGGGAAGGGCUUCGAGGACGCGGGUGGGAUGGAUGGGGUUGGCGGGGAUGUCGAUGCUGAUAGGAAGAAGUUGGAGGAGGAGGCGGAGAGGGCUGUUCAGGAAGGAUUUAGGGUGUUUGGGUGAAGGCUUGUGUGGAGUGUCGAUUCGUUAUUGUUGUGCUAUGCGAUCCUCCUCGUACUACUUCGGGCGUCAGUCAGCGUCAGUCCCGCGCAGGACCAUCGUCC